GCAGACUAGCCUUGCAGAUUCUAAAAGCAGGAAAUAACAUCUUAAAACCUGUCUGCCAAACAUCACUGUCUCUAUACAAGCCAUUCAACAGAGGAAAGUGAAAGUUACCGAAAGGGCUCUGGUUGCCAUGGCAAAGUGUGUAGCUGUGAUCCUGUCUGGCUGUGGGGUGUACGAUGGGAGUGAGAUCCAUGAAUCCUCGGCAGUCCUUGUCCACCUCAGUAGAGCGGAGGCGAAGGUGAACAUCUAUGCCCCUGAUGUGGAUCAGAUGCACGUGGUGAACCACAUAAAGGGGGAGCCGACAGAGGAGUCGCGUAACGUGUUGACAGAGAGCGCCCGUAUCGCCCGCGGAAACAUCCAGGACCUGGCCACACUGAAACUCGCCGACAACGAUGCUCUCAUCAUCCCUGGUGGGUUCGGUGUAGCCAAAAACCUGAGCACAUGGGCGACGCAGGGGAAGGAUUGCGAGUUGAACCCGGCUGUGGAGAAAGCCAUCAAGGAUUUCCACAAAGCUGGCAAACCCCUGGGGCUGUGCUGCAUCUCCCCUGUCCUGGCAGCCAAGAUCCUGCCUGGCUGUGAGCUCACUGUGGGCCAUGACAUGGAGUGUGAAAUGUGGCCCUAUGCAAAGACAGCUGACACGAUGAAGGAACUUGGCUGCAAACACAUCAACAAACAAGUAGGAGAGGCUCAUGUGGACACCAAAAACAAGCUAGUGACCACAAGCGCUUUCAUGUGCAACGCCCCAGUGCAUGAGGUCUUCGAUGGGGUCGGGGUCAUGGUCAAAUUGGUGCUUGAACUGGCCUAACUGGACCAACGGGGUCAGUGGGUGACCAGAGAUUACAGAGAAAGAAAUACCAUGGAAUGAUCCUGUAGUGAAAAUGCAAUUGUUGGUUUGUUUAAAUGUGUUAAUGGAAUCAUUCUUUUUAAAUCAUGCUUUCUGUUCAUGUUGUGCAUAUUUGAUUUAAAUCUAAAGUUUCAGACAGUGCACCUGCAAAAAUGGUCCAACAAAAAAUAAAAAUAAAAGCCAAGGCUGGACCAGGGAGGUAACGUCAACAUUCAUGUAAACCAUUUGAUAGCAAUGAUUGGGUCAGGGCCGCCUAAUCGGGAUACUGAUAGUCGGGAUUACUGCUUAAAUGAGAUACAACUCUGGUCUUUCUCUGUGCUACUUAUGUCAUUUCAUUGACAUGUCACUUAGUUUAAUUGGGAUACAAUAUUUUCAAAUGAUGAACGGAGAUCACUUUUCAGAGCAAGACAGGUUACAAUGAGUGCCGCGAGUGCGUACAUACGCUGUGACUUGCGUAAACCACGUUGAACUCUUGAAGAUGUGGUUUCUGAGGCUGGUGUUGCAAAGAAAGCUGGCGUGUCAACAUCCCAAGUACGAUUAAAUUUGUUUAGGAAUAAAAGUCGUAUUUUAAAUGAUGCAUUUAACAUUUAAUCACACUGUGAUGUGAUUUCAUUUUUUUUCUUCUUUUCAUUCAGAAUAAAGAAAAUGUGACUAUG